AUCCCAGCCAAGACAAUGUUUCAGCCAGAAAACACAUCAACAGGUUUUGACAUGGGUCCUGAGUAAUGGGUGUGCACGUGUUGAAUGCGACGACGGUUCUCUCCUCCAUGUUUCUUUUAUCGACAGUUCAACUUCAAAUAGGCCUCUGUGUGUAACGCAUCCUCUUCGAUUUCAGUUUCAGUUUCGUCUUGCCCAUUUUGCUGCGCAAUCCCUCCCCUUUUUUCUUCAACUCAUCCACCUCGAAUUGCGCGCUUCAAUGGAAGGUUUGUCUUCUAUCAAGGCUCACUUUCAGACCCUCCCAUCCUUAUCUUCCAGACCCAGAACCUGGAUUCCUCCAACCCAAGCGAAUAUUUAUAGAAGAAACUCCUUUUUCACUUUUUCUGUUCGGGCACAGAUGGAGUCCAGUGAUGGUUCAGCUGCAUUAGCCACAUCUGGUGAAUCUGUAGUGGAUGCUCUCAAAGUUAAGGAGUGGGAAGUGGGGAUGUUCCAAAAUGAAGUUGCUGCUACCCAGGGUAUAAGAAUAAGGAGAAGGCCGCCAAGUGGACCCCCUUUACAUUAUGUAGGACCCUUUCAAUUCCGGUUGCAGAAUGAGGGCAAUACACCCCGUAACAUUUUGGAAGAGAUUGUGUGGAACAAGGACGUAGAAGUCUCACACCUAAAAGAAAGAAAACCCCUCAUUAUGCUGAAGAAAGGCCUUGAAAAUGCUCCUCCUGCAAGGGAUUUUAUUGGUGCUCUAAGGGCAGCCAAUGAACGAACUGGACUGCCAGGAUUGAUAGCUGAAGUGAAGAAAGCUUCACCAAGUAGAGGUGUCUUGAGAGAAGACUUCGAUCCAGUUGAAAUUGCUCAAGCUUACGAGAAAGGUGGAGCAGCAUGCCUAAGUGUUUUGACAGAUGAAAAGUAUUUUAAGGGAAGCUUUGAAAAUCUCGAGGCAAUAAGAAAGGCUGGAGUAAAGUGCCCUUUGUUGUGUAAAGAAUUCAUCGUUGAUGCAUGGCAACUCUACUAUGCUCGAACUAAAGGUGCUGAUGCUGUCCUUCUAAUUGCUGCUGUUUUGCCUGAUCUUGAUAUCAAAUACAUGAUUAAGAUAUGCAAGUUACUGGGACUGACCACACUUGUUGAGGUGCACGAUGAGAGGGAAUUUGAUCGUGUUCUUGGAAUAGAAGGUAUUGAGCUUAUUGGCAUUAACAACCGUAAUCUUGAAACAUUUGAGGUGGAUAUCAGCAACACAAAAAGGCUUCUUGAAGGAGAGCGAGGCAAAAUAAUCCGUGAGAAAAACAUAAUUAUUGUAGGGGAAUCUGGUAUGUUCACUCCCGAUGAUAUUGCCUAUGUACAAGAAGCAGGUGUUAAAGCUGUUUUGGUCGGGGAGUCUAUUGUAAAGCAAAGUGAUCCUGGGAAGGGAAUCAGCAAUCUCUUUGGCAAAGAUAUCUCUUUGGCUUAGCUAACUUCCUUCAAAUAUGGGUAUUUGAGAUAACAGAUUUUUGAUAUGGUUAUUGAUCUGGUUCAUUCUACCUUUGCUUGUAUUAAAUAAUCAAAAGCUUAAACAUGUAACUGUAUAAACUAUGCAUGUUUAAAGAUACUUUAUAACUAAAUCAGGUCAUUUUGUGACAAUGGAUUGCUUGGCUUUUCU